AUGAUCGGUCUUCGAGAAAGAACGGGCAAUCGUACUACGCCUUCUACUAAGGCAAACGUAUCGGAUAUGGGGUUCUUUGCGGAUCCAGCUGCUUUGACGUCGAUUAGUGAUCGCCACGGAUUGAUAGACGAAAUGAGAAACGGCCGAAACUCGCUGCGACAGCGCUUCAUACAGAGUCUCAACCGCAAACGAUCCUUUCCAGCAUGGCAGCCAGCACAGUCGGUGGAAUAUGGCACGACCCGCGACGACAAUCAAGAGAAACAGACUUCCUUAAUUCGAAAGAGCAUCAGUUCCCUCUCAUCAUCUUUGAGAGACAGCUUCUCUUUAGACUCUUCUGCCGAAGACGAAAAUAGACCCUCCGUGAUUCGGAAGAGUUUCGGUUCUAUGUCGUCCUCGCUCAGGGGCCUUCGUACUUCUUUGGGCUCUCGGCCAUCUCAAGAUCAAGAAAAUGACUCGGAAAAGCUUCCAUACUGCGAUUUUUCGAGAUCUAUCGGAUACGCAAGCGGUAUUUCAGGUCGUUCAAAUCGUCGCGGCUUUGGACGCUCAUCUAACGCCUCGUCCGGUGACAACUCUAUUCCCCAGCUUCCCGGUCUUGACGAGAUGAUCGCAAAGGCAAGGGCCGAGAGGCUCUCCUCCGAUGACCAAUCGCCAAACUCACUUUUCAGUAUGAGCAUAUUCGAUGGUCUUGACCGCCCGAUUGCCACAGACUACCCUGACAAGGAGUAUACUGAGCCAGCAACUGAACAACCUCCUCCCAUCCUAGGGAGGUUUCCGAUCCGACUCAAGUGUCCCAAUCCAACAUUAUCGAAAAGAAUAGCUAGGUCAAAAGCUGAACAACGUAUUCAACCAAGAGUCCCAAGUGAUGAUUCGGGUUAUUCAAGUGGUUCAGACAAAACAAAGGAUAAUGCAAGCAACACACCUGGGACAUCAAAAGUCCCUGUAACUUGGCUUGACUCUAUUUUGGAAAUGACGGUUGCUACGCGAGAUGGUGUAAGACAGGUUCGUAUACCGACCGAAACAGAGGAAGAAAGAUACACACGCCUAAGCAAAAAGGUAUAUGUCUUUGUUCCUGACGAGACCGAUCAUGCCAAGCCGUGGCCGAAGAAAACUUACCCCGAUCUGAAAACAGCUCUCGUGGCUAUCUGCACCCGCUACAAGCCGUUUUACGCCCCAUUCGCGGCGUAUACAAAUUUGACCCGUACCGUUCAGCUCUUCCCGGCCGAUUUCAAACUGCCGAGAAAUACUUCUGUCAUUCCGGGUAGCAUCAUGUUCACCAUGCAGGAGGCGUUAGACAAUUGGGAAUCCACGUUGUUUUGUCGCAGCUUAUCCGUUGUGGAAGAAGAAACAGAAGACCAGGGGACGAUAGAAAUGACGUUCGACACGGGGGCAGAGUUCGGAUCUGAGGGAACGUGUGAAAUCUCACCGCCCCCAUCCUACAACAUUAGCAAUCAUGAAUCCGAUGAGACUCUUGAUUACAGCAUGCUGGAGCCGUCGCCGGAGUCUUCCAUCCUCAUCGAGACCAACCCGUUGAAGAACCCGAAUCAGCUCAUGGAGGACUCGCAGACGUCAUGGACGGACCAGUCGAUGUCGACGGAGGAUUAUGAUAUGACUAUAGCUUCGCGGAUGGGUUUCAUCGGCUAAGCGAAUGAUGAAGGGGUGACUGUUUGCACGGGUUCGUAGACCAGUGUGUCUGAUUACAGUUUUAUGGAGAGCUCGCGACUUGUUAGAAUUAGUUGACUUUCGUUUAAUAUCGGCGGUGGACUGCUGUAGAUUGGACGAGACAGAGUAGGCAGAGAAUAGACGGCACCGUUGCACUAUCCCGAGCCAAGAGGGUAUUUCAAGAUCCAAGUACUGAAGCAUGAAAAUAGAUCAAGCCGAAAACAUCUUCAACUUCAUUCUUUCUCGAAAUUAUUUGAGAAAUAGGAUGUGAUAUUAAAAAGUG